AUCGCCGGUCCGCUAUGUCCCUCGGACACAGCGGAUCAUGGAAAGAGCCGAAGAUGUCGGCUCGGUCAUGUGAUCAGCUGUGUCCAAUCACAGCUGAUCACAUGGGACAUGUACACUGAUCAUCAGGGCACUGAUGAUCAGUGUGCCCUGAUGAUCAGUGUGGCCCCAGAAGUGCCACCUGUCAGUGCGCAUCAGUGCCAGUGCCCAUCAGUGCCACGUGCCAGUGCCCAUCAGUGCCACAUCAAUGCCACAUAUCAGUGCAUACCAGUGCACAUCAAUGCCACAUAUCAGUGCCAUCUGAGCUGCCUUUCAAUGUCACCCAUCAGUGUCAGUCAGUGCCACCUAUCAAUGCCAAUCAGUGCCACCUGUCAGUGCUGCCAAUCAGUG